UAUAUAAGAUUCCGCAUGCAUAUAUUACUCCACAAUCAAACUAACUAUUCGCUGGAAAACUAUUGAAAGAACAUGCUGCUCUACUCUCUCAUAUUCAUAGUUACAACAUUUGGAUUAUUCUCAGAUGGAAAAUCUACACAUCCUUUCAUUACAUGUAAGAAGGAUUCAGAUGAUUUUUCCAACUGUUUAAAAAAGGCUAUACAGGAAGCAUGGCCAUUACUUAGUAAAGGAAUUCCAGAAUUAGACUUUCCACCUUUGGAGCCAUUAAUUUUCGAAUAUGCUACAGCUAAACUUAAUUUGACUGAAAUAAGUGGAGAAUUAGUUUUGAGAAAUUUGACCGCCAUCGGUUUAUCGAAAAUACUUAUUCACGAUGUAAAAGCACAAUUGCUUGAUGAUAACUUCAAUUUGGAAAUUUAUGCAGAAUUGCCAUGGAUGUAUACAGAAAGUUCCAUGAAAAUAGACGGUUCUUUAAAUGCAUUUAAAAUGGAUGGUGAAGGUUAUUUUAAUGAAACCGCGACUGAUAUCAAAGGAACAUGGAAUAUAUCAGGGCCUAUAGUAAAUAAUACAUGGAUUGUAAAACAUUUCCGUAUUGCUCCAUCAAUUGGAACUUACAAAAUAUAUUUCGACGUUUUAACAAAACGUUAUGGUAAAGAGUUUAAUGAUUUGGCUGUAAAUUUGGUUAAUCAAUUUUGGCCGACUUUAUUUCAAAUAUUAUUGCCAGCAACGGCUGAUAUAUAUGACCCAUGGCUGAUUGACUUUCCCAAUAAGAUAUUCUCGAAAAUUCCAUUCUCAGAAAUAUUUCCUUAAAAUUUAUAUAUUUAU